UUCCAGUUGUUUUCACAUCCCCUCGCUAACAAAGAGACGCUGCUGCCUCUCACGUCUCCCUGAGCCCAGUGAUGAACAUCUGACGCUUGAUUGGACAUCGAGGCGAGAAGAAGAAGAUACAGAGCAGAAGCACACUUGGCGUUCAAGAAGAAGAUCAAUUAGGGGAGAGUUUGGACUUUUGAAGUUUUUUAAAAGACUUAAACGUAAAGUGCGAACAUGGUGUCUGCCGGACUGGAGAUCGUGGGACUGGCUCUGUGCGUAGUGGGCUCGCUCCUGGUGAUGGUGGCGUGCGGACUGCCCAUGUGGAAGGUGACUGCUUUCAUCGAGGCCAACAUCGUGGUGGCUCAGACCAUCUGGGACGGCUUGUGGAUGUCGUGCGUGGUGCAGAGCACGGGCCAGAUGCAGUGCAAGGUGCACGACUCCGUCCUCGCCCUCAGCCACGACCUGCAGGCGGCCAGAGCCCUCACCAUCAUCUCCUCGGUGAUGGGCGUGCUGGGACUGAUGGUGACCAUCGCCGGGGCGCAGUGCACCAACUGCAUCCGCACCGAGUACGUGAAAGCCCGGGUGGUGAACGCCGGAGGGGUGAUCUACAUCCUCAGUGGGCUGUUCGUGCUGGUGCCUCUGUGCUGGCUGGCCAACAGCAUCAUAUCGGACUUCUACAAUCCACAGGUGCCCGCAUCCAAGAAGAGGGAGAUCGGCGCUGCGCUGUACAUCGGCUGGGCGGCCACAGCCAUGCUGCUGAUCGGGGGCACGCUGCUGUGCUGCUCCUGUCCCCCCAGUGGGAACUCGGGAUACUCGGUCAAAUACGCACAGACCAAGAGAGCCACUCCGAACGGGGAAUAUGACAAGAGGAACUACGUGUAGCGCUGUGGCUCGGGGCAGGCGGUGCGUAAAAGUGCGUAAAAGUGACCUGCAGCUUUUUUUUUAAAGACGUUCUCUUUGCACCAGCAUUUUUUUUUUGAAUCAGAAAUAUGAACUUUGAAAAAUCAAUGGAAGCACCUCUGCUUUUUUUUUACGCUCGGACCGCAACUUCACACUUCCUUUUUGUAUCCACAGGAGAUCAAAGAAAAGACUAUGAACCACGAGAGGUAGCUCACGACAAAAAGGAGUAUCUGUGUUAGGUACCUGCUUUUUGUGUGUCUUCGAAAUUAUUAGUGUUUUUGAAUUGUUUACUGUUGUAACUAAAGUUUGUUGUUUUUGUUUUCUUGAGGAACUCUUGCCAUCAAGUAUAUGUACACUGUUCUCUUGCCCUGAUGUGCGUCGUCAGCACAAACGUGUAGGCUACUGUAACUGAGAAUAAUUGCACUCUCACGCCGACAUGUUGAGGACUCCGACAGCAACAAAGAACGAUGGAGAAAAGUUCAUGCGUGGAGAAGCCCUAAUACAUCCCGGACAGGCUUUUGUGUUGUCCAGAAGCUGAUGGAAGUGACUUCUAUUUUUGGACCUGUGGAUUCCGGAAAGCCUGGGGACCAUAUGGGCCAAAAUAUGAAAUGUUACAGUCCUUCAUCCACCUGCUAUGUCUCUUUUUCCACCUUUGUCACUGCAGGAAUACACGUUUUCUGUUGGUUUGUUGACGUUGUAUGUAAUGAUUCAUUAUUCAUGUAUGAAGAUGCAAUAUCGUUUCAUUUUUAUUAAGAUUA